UCUGAGGAUCCCUGAGAGACAGAGGGCUGCAACAGACUGCAUAGUAUUGACAAAACGUGUACGUAUGACUCAUGACGAAGUUUACGGAAGUGGGAACUUUGCCACAGUAAACGCCUUCCUGUGUGAUGGGAGAGUCCGUUAAUUUGUGUUGCUUUAUUCUUUACCUGGAUCCUUGGUUCAUCCUGACAGCUCAAGAAGAAACCAGAUAGCAUGGAUCUGUUUACAGAGCAAUUCAAGUACCGCAAGAUUUUGACUGUGGGAUUGGUCAUUUUAGUUUGGAUACUCUACCUCAAGAUGUUUUGGCCUGAAACUAUCACCUACCGGAUCCCAGGACCCCACCCAGCCUCUAAACUUGCUUCCAACUCCACGGAAUCUCCCUUCCUCUUGGAUUCUCUCCCUCAGGCGCUUACUAACUUGACCUACCUUCUGUACUGGCCUCCAACCCCAGGAGUUGAGGGGGAUCUUUUGGCCUCCACCAGCCCCAAGACCUCCACUUACUACCUGAGAGGUCCUGCCCAGGCCAGCUAUACCCUGGGAGAUUACUUGGAGGCUGUCCUCGUGGCCAGGGACCACCGGGGCAAGCCUAAGACCUAUGGUGGAGAUCUGUUUAGGGCAAAGCUGCUGGGCUCAGAAUUAAAAGCAGGGGUUCCCGGGGAUGUCCAGGAUCUGGAGAAUGGCACAUACCUUUUGUCCUUCCCCUUGCUUUGGGCUGGGAAGGCCCAGGUGCAAGUGCGGCUGAUCCACUCCAGUGAGGCAAUUGGGGUUCUGCGCAGAAUCUGGACAGAGAAACAUGCCACCGUUAAUUUUAGGGGAUAUUUCCGGGGAAAACAAGGGCCUCAAGAAACUGUGAUUUGCAAUGUUGACCCUCAGUCAACUGGCACUAAAAAGGCUAUCUGCCAGUACAGGGAUGCAGUUUCUGGUGAGCUCUGGUUCUGUGAGAAGCCUCCUACCUUGCCCUGCAACUCUUUAGUUGGUCACUCAAGUGGGAGUUACCUAAAAGUAACCACAAAACAUGAUGAGAAUCUACUGGCAUGGAAUGUGACAGACCAAGUGCUCUCUCAGGGCAUUUCUCCUAUCCUGGUCAGACCUGCAGCCACAAGCAACACCACUCUGGCCCUGUCCCCACAGCUCCCGUGCCGCCCUGGCCUGCUGUCCCCUAAGCCCUCUGGCUUCUACCAUGGAAACGUGUGGCACUCCCUGGCCUGCUCCAGCCGCUCCUUCCCCACCGCGGAUAGCAUCGUGGGCUGCCUGGCUGGCCGCAUCGUCCACAUGAUGGGGGACUCCACGCUUCGGCAGUGGUGGGAGUAUCUGCGUGACACGGUGCCCUCCCUGAAGCCCCUGGAUCUACAUGUCACAUAUCAGGCGGGACCCCUGAUGGCCGUGGACACGACUCGGGGCAUAGUGCUACACUGGCGGGCCCACAGCUGGCCCCUGCGCACUUUCCACACACCAGUGGCCUCCCUGCAUUCAGUGGUCAGGGAGCUGACAGGCCUGGCGGGGGGUCCCCACACCGUGGUUGUGCUGGGCUUGGGAGCCCACUUCACCACCUUCCCCCCCUCCAUCUUUGUGCGACGCCUGGCAGGGAUUCGGGCAGCCGUGAUGGCCCUGCUGGCCCGGGCACCCAGUACUCUUGUGGUCAUCAAACUGGCCAAUACUGGCUACAAGUCUGUGUAUGGCAGUGACUGGCUCACCCUGCAGAUGAACCGGCUCCUUCGAGCUGCCUUUUCUGAUCUCCGAGUGGCCUUUAUAGAUGCCUGGGAAAUGACCUCCAGCCUGGCCCUAACAGACAAAAUUCACCCAGUAAAGCUCAUUGUCAGCAAUGAGGUGGACCUACUCCUCUCCUUCAUCUGUCCCACCUGAGCACUCUGGAUUCCCUGGGACUGUGAUCACAGUGUGCCUGGGUCCUGGCCAUAGAACCUGCAAAGAAGAAGGGUGGAACAACCAACUCACAGUGACAGUGAGAAGAGGAGUGACUCAAGGAUUACCACCUGGCUAAAUUCUGAACAUUUGGGUGACCAUCAAUUCCUUCACCUGUCUUGUACUACAUCAAUAAACAUGUAAUUUAUUAUAUAAA